AGGGUUCCUAUGUUUUCUUUUGCAGCCUGGAGGGAUGCUCCAUUAUAUCCUGAGGAACGAGGAAAUCGAAGCUGCAAAUGUGACCCUGGAUGAAGCCACUGCCCAUCCUGCCCUCCUCGUGUCUGAAAGAGGGAGGCGGGUUACCUGGCAAGAAACUUGUCAAGAUCUUCCCAGAUCCACACAGAGAUUCAACUCCAUUCCCUGUGUGCUGGGUCAGCUGCGCAUCAACUCAGGGAGGGCCUACUGGGAGGUGGAGGUUGGGGACAUGCAAUCUUGGGACUUGGGAAUUUGUAGAGAUAAUGUGACCAGGGAGGGGUAUUCACUAUGUCCCCACAGAAUGGUUUCUGGGCCAUUAGGCUCUAUGACGGGGACUACUGGGCCCUCACCUCCCCGGAAACUUUCUCUUCCUCUAAGAGAAAGACCCCUUAAGGUGGGGAUAUUCCUGGAUUAUGAGGCUGGAGAUGUAUCUUUCUACAACAUGACAGAUGGAUCCCACAUUUUCACCUUUCCCCAGAACACAUUCUAUGGUGUCCUGAGACCACUUUUCAGACUUUGGUCCUCUGACUCGGCUCCCUAA